AUGCGCCCGAAGGAGCAGGUGCCGGGCUGCGCGGGGGACGGGCCCGGGUCGGGACCUGGGCCCGGGGACCCGGCUGCGGCCGCCCCGACGGCGCCACCCGCGGCUAGUCCCGCCCCGGAGCCCUCGGCCGAGCCCGAGCCGGCCCCAGCGCAGGCACCCGGAGCUGGACCGCGAGCCGGAUCCCGGGCAGCCCCGGGAUCGCAGUCCGGAGCCCGCCCGGCCUCCCAGGCUGGAUCCAAGCCUGGAGCGCCUCGCUCGUCGGGCCGCUCCGUGCUCGACAACUCGGACGCACCGUGGACACGCUUCGUAUUCCAAGGGCCUUACGGCCCCCGGGCCACUGGCCUGGGCACGGGGAAGGCGGCGGACAUCUGGAAGACGCCGGCCGCCUACAUUGGCCGGCGGCCGGGGGUCACUGGCCCUGAACGCGCCGCCUUUAUCAGAGAGCUACAGGAAGCACUGUGUCCUAACCCACCUCCCACCAAGAAGAUCACCCAAGACGACAUCAAAGUGAUGCUGUAUUUGCUGGAGGAGAAAGAGCGGGAUCUGAGCACAGCGGCUCGCAUCGGCCAGUCCCUGGUGAAACAGAACAGCGUUUUGAUGGAGGAGAACAGCAAACUGGAAGCCAUGCUGGGCUCAGCCAGGGAGGAGAUUUUACACCUCAGACACCAGGUGAACUUGCGCGAUGACCUCCUUCAGUUGUACUCAGACUCAGAUGAUGAGGAUGAAGAUGAGGAAGAGGAGGAGGAGGAGGAGGAGGAAGAGGGGGAGGAGGAGGAGGAAUUCAGAAGAGAGGAAGAUCGGCACCGUGACCAUCCCUAUGAUGUCUCCAAGCCGGCUCCUCAGGAGGAGUCCCUGCACCACUGCCCGCAGCUGGAGACCCUGCAGCGCAAGCUGAGGCUGCUGGAGGAGGAGAAUGACCAGCUGAGAGAGGAGGCUUCUCAUCUCGACACCCUGGAGGACGAGGAGCAGAUGCUCAUUCUGGAAUGUGUGGAGCAGUUUUCCGAGGCCAGCCAGCAGAUGGCCGAGCUGUCCGAGGUGCUGGUGCUCAGGCUGGAGAACUAUGAGCGGCAGCAGAAGGAGAUCACCCAGCUGCAGGCCCAGAUCGCAAAGCUGCAGCAGCGCUGCCAGUCGUACGGGGCUGAGACUGAGAAGCUGCAGCAGCAGCUGGCCUCGGAGAAGGGAAUCCACGUGCAGCUCCAGGCCGAGAACCUUCGGGCGGGUGCCCAGAUGCCAGACCCGCGGGAGAAGUACCCAGAUUGCGGGGGCAUGAUCCGAGAGCGCCAGGAGGAGGCGAAGCACCUGCGCCAGCAUGGCCGGGCGCCCGCCGGCUCCGUCACCCACUAUGCGUACAGCGUACCCCUGGAGGUACUUCCAAGUUUCCCAGAAACUCUGGCGGAGGAGCUCAGAACAUCUCUAAGGAAGAUCAUCUCGGACCCGGCGUACUUUAUGGAAAGAUGCAACAACCUUCGCUUUAGGGAGGAGCGCAGGCAGGAGCCGGAGUUCAGGGCUGAACAGGGGUUUAAGCCACCCCCGGACAUGGAGCCUGCGGAGGAGCUGGUGCCUGAGGAGGAGCUGGAGGCUGGAGAGGAGAGGGGGCCUUCUGAGGAAGGGCUGGCAGAAGAGGCGGAGCUGAUGUCGGAGGACACAGAGGCGUGGGAGGAGCUGGAGCCCGAGGUGGAUGAGGCCACGAGGAUGAAUGUGGUGACCUCCGCCCUGGAGGCCAGCGGCCUCGGCCCUUCCCACCUGGACAUGAAGUACGUCCUCCAGCAACUGGCCAACUGGCAGGAUGCCCACUGCAAGCGGCAGCAGAAGCAGAAGGUGGUCCAGAAAGGUGAGUGCUCCCGUGGGGGCCUCCCUCCGUCCAGCCGGACAAGCUGCAGAUCGUCCAGCCGAUGAGCGGUGAGGGUAGGCGAGCCCUACCAGGCGGCUCACUGACCCCAGCCUGGCCCCACCCAGCGUGUGCUUAUUUGCAUGGACUUUGCAUAGCAUUUGCAUAGGCGCCUCAGGUUCCUCCCCGCCCCCCUCAGUGGGAGCCGUGGCCCCCGUGCUCAUUUAUGUGGAAUUUGCUUACAAGUCCGGAUCACCAUCCACUUUUCUCCUGGGGGCUGGGCUAGGGGGUCAGGAUUGGGAUGGUAUCCGACCCCCUCCCACCACUACACCUCAGCUUCUGUCUCUGCUCGCCCCCAUUCCCCUACCCCCCCCCCCCCAAGGAUCCCCAAACCUGCAGCAGUGGCAGACCCAGGCCAAAACAAACAUGGGGGGCGGGAUCGAGGAGCAGCAGCCCGGGGUGUCGAUCCAGGAUUCUCCGAGGCUGGAGGAGAGGGCCAGCCCCCCUCCCAAGGCCUGGGAGGAAGAGGGGCCUUCUGGGGCCACCUAGGCUACUGGGACAAAGGCCUCCGCCAGCGAGGGCCACAGUUGGACCAGUCCCCUGGGUGAGUGUGGAGGUGGGCUAGGGUCUCCUGAAGGGCGGUGGGGUGGGUCAGGGCCUGCUCUCCCCAUCUAGGAAGCCCAGGUCUGGGGAGCUGUGCCUGUGGAGAUGACCUAGUGAUGGACUGGACCCUUUACCUGGGCGUUAGCGCCUUUAAUCCUCAAAUCCUCGUGGGUAGGUACCACGGUUAGGAAAGAAAACUGAGGAUCAGAGAGCUGAAGUAACUUGUCUAGGAUGACACAGCUAGGAGUAGACCUGAGCCGGCUCCCUGCCGCGAAUAUUGCCAAUCGGAGCUGGCUUAGCUAGUAUACACAGUGUCUUCCCUGGCCAUUCCUUCAGCUCCAGUGCUGGCAGCCUCCCUUUUAUUGGGCCUGCCGUCAUGAGGACGGCCAGUGGGUAGGAUGGCACUGACCUCUACUGCGGUGUCACACACCGUUGUGCAGGCUGUAAACAGAAUCUUGGCGUCUGUGGCUGGACAGUUGUCCACCUGCGUAAUGAUAAAUGAUGGCUUUCUAUCUUCUUCUGAUACAGCUGACCAGACCCUGCUCGCUGCCUGGGCCAGGCCUGUGAUUAUCCUCACCCCCCCCCCCCCCGCAACACACACACCAAGUUC